AUGUACUUGCAACCCGUCAUCCUCCUCACCCUCGCCUAUCUUGGUGUCGCCCAGGACACCUCCUCGGGCUCAGGCGCACCCCAAGUGUCGACCUACACUUCUCAAAUCGUCUCGACGGUCACGCCCUCGGGCUACCCGACGACGACCGUCAGUGCCAGCGAUACCGGGUCAGCCACAGACACGGGAUCCGCCACUGACACGGGGUCCGCCACUGACACCGGGUCCGCCACUGACACCGGGUCCGCCACUGACACCGGGUCUCACACCAGCGGCUACGAGACCACAAUCACAUCCGGGGGCAGUGCCAUCGUCUCGUCUGUCACCUCGGGCGCCGGGGGUGUGGGCGCCACGCUAACCUCGGGCGCCGGCGGCGCUGCCUCGACCCUCACGUCCGCCGUCGGCGGUGCUACCUCGCCCAUCACCGGCCCCGGUGCCACGGCUGCGCCUUUCGUGCCUGGCCUUGUGGUCGGACUUGUCGGUGGUAUGGCUGCUCUCCUCUAA